GCACGGGGGGAUGUUACGAAACCCCACAGCCAAGGCAGCUCCUCGGGGCCCUGCCUGCUCAGCACGGGGCAUCACUGGCCAGCCCAGCAGAGCCGGGCUCCAUCCACCUCCAGGCUCUGGCCAUGGAGCUCUGCAGGGCUGGGGGACAAAAGAUUCCCUUGGCACUUCCCUCAGUUAAUUGUGAAAGGCUCAGAGAUGCCAAGCAGUGCCCAAGUGUUCCUGGUUCCUGCCAGUGCUGCCCCAAGCACCCCAACCCCUCCCAGCUGUUCUGGAGCCCCGCUGAGGGGGAGAUCCCUGCUGCCAAGUGCCCAGGAGGCAGGAAGGGGCAGCAGGCUGGGGCAGUGGGAUGUGCUGGGGUGGCAGCCGGGGGGAUGCUGACUCAGGGAGGGGCAGGAGCGGCCCAGCCCUGGUGGCAUCAGCAGCAGGGAGUGUCCCCUGUGCCCAUUGGCCCGGCUGGGGCUGAGCACUGCUGGGGCUGCUAUAAAAGGCCCGGCCGGGCCAGGCUGUGCCAAGCUGCUCUGGCCACCUUGUCCUCGGGGAACAGGAGCUCCAGCGCAUCCCUGGCCGACAUGUCCUGCUACGAGCUGUGCCCCCCCAAAGCCAGCGUGGCUGUGCCCAAGCCCAGCGUGGCUGUGCCCCAGCCCAUCGCCGAGAGCUGCAACGAGCUGUGCGCCCGCCAGUGCCCCGACUCCACGGCCUUCAUCCAGCCGCCCCCCGUGGUGGUCACCUUCCCCGGCCCCAUCCUCAGCUCCUUCCCCCAGCAAGCCGUGGUGGGCUCCGCCGGAGCCCCCGCCUUUGGGGGCUCCCUGGGGCUGGGGGGCCUCUACGGCCAAGGGGCCACCCAGGCCUCGGGGGGCCUCUGCACCUUCCCCACAGCCUGCGCUGCUCCCGCCUGCAGCCCUUGGCUCCUGCCCCGCUACUCCAGGAAAAUCUGGGACACCUGUGGGCCCUGCUAGACCCAGCCCACACCCCACUGCCAGCGCUCACCACGCUCCACAGCCCAGCAGCUGCACAACAGCCCUUGGCCUCCUCCAGCCCGGCACCACCAGCCUGCCUGGCUCUUGCCCACCAGCUCUCUCACACUCUCUCCUGACCCUCUCUGCUCAAUAAACUUUUCCUGCAGUCAA